AUGUCGGAGAAGACACAAAUCUUCAAAGAUGUCACUUUUUAUAUCGUGGGUGAUAUUAGUGAAGAUGUGAUCAAUUUGCUAUCCAGUGAAGGAGGUAAACGUGAUACCUACCUCAGUGAGAUGGUCAGUCAUGUUAUAGCUGACAGUACAGAACCUGAUGAAUAUUCAGAAGCUAAAGAAAUAUUUGAAAGACCCAUUGUUUCAAGUAAUUGGGUGAGAUUAUCAGUUAUUUGUAAGAAACAGCUACCUAAAGAAAGAUUUGCUCUGGAAGGAUGUUUAUUCUCUGGUGUAGUGGCUUGUCCAUCUAGACUUGAUGUGACAGAUGCCAAGUCUGUAUGGUCUAUGUUAGUAUAUAAUGGAGGAAGAUGUCAGUUAAAUUUUGAUAAAAAUGUGACCCAUUUAAUCUGCAGCAGUACUGAUGGGGUGAAAUAUGCUAAAGGGUUAAACAAGGAGAAGGUUCAUACAGUGACCCCAGAUUGGGUUACAGAUUGUGUGAAGAAAGAAUCCAAACAAGAGGAGACAAUCUACCAUCCUAGAUUAAUCGUCUAUCCUAAACCAGAAACCCCACCACCCAAACCUAAACCCAUGUUCUCCAAACAACAUACAGACUUGAGUGAUCUCUCGGCAAUGAUUGGUCAACAAAUGGCGCUCGGUAAUCUCACUGCUCCAAGUCCUUUUGCUCGUAGAAGAAAAUCUUCCAGUGAUGAUUCUCCAAGAAAUGGCAGCAGACCUGGAACUCCUAGUGCCAAAGAAGCUUUGGCAAGAAUGGUUAGCAGUCGUCUACAAGCCAGUGGUAAAAAUGAUCCAAAUGAAAUAUCCGCAACUUUGGCAUCUAUGUUCCCUCAUGGACAGUAUCCAGGCCCACCCCCUGGUCUUCCUCUUAGUCCUGGACAGGCCACCAUGCCCUUUGGACAGGCUCCAUUGCAAGGCAUGUCAUAUGGCAUGAGUAUGGGUCAAGGUCAGUCACCAACCAGAGGUCAUUCACCAGUUCAAGGUCAUCCAUUAGCUCAUAUGCCACAUGCUGGUCAAGGUCAUCAACAGAAUCAAAUGUACAUGCAAGGGCAGUUACCUCACAUGAAUCAAAACUUGCAGCAGCCGCAUCAAAGUCCCACACAUCUCCAAACGAGUCCGAACCCACACCACAUGCAGACCAGUCCUAAUCAGUCCCCUCAUCUGUCACCUGGGAAACACCCAAGCCAGAUGAUGAUGAUGAAGAGCUUAGCACAGCCUCAGAUGUCACCAAAACACCCUGGACAGAUGUCUCAAAGCCCAAUGCCACCUCAAGGACAAAUGCCACAUUACCCUGGUCAGGUCCCAGGACAAGUUCCUCUACAUCAUCAAGGACCUCCUCAACCAAUCAUGAGUCAAGGUCAGGUCAGACAUCCAGGUCAAGGUCAAGUUCCUCCAAUGAGUCCAAGUCACAUGCAUAAUCAACUGCCUGCUCCAACAGGCCAGAUGAGACCUCAAAUGUCACCUGGCAAGUUUCAAGGUAAACCAGGACAGCAUCCUAGACAGCCUGGUCCCCGGCAUCGACAACCACAUCCACAGAUGCAAAUCCCAGGUCAAGGUCAUCCACAGUUUCCAGGUCACCCAGGUCAUCAAGGACCUAAUGCUUCACCUGGAAAAGUGUCAAUGCCAAGUCAAAUGCCUGCACAGUAUCAAAACCAAAUGCAGCAUCAGCUUCAAGCACAAUUACAGAAUCAGCUGCAUAUGUCAAACCAGCUUCAGGGGCAGAUGCCUCAUUCACAUCCAGGUCAGAUGCCAAGUGUUCAAGGUCAAGCUGCGGUUCAUCACCAAGGUCAAAUGCCAACCCAGUUGACCACCCAUCCUCCACAAUCUCAAAUGCCACACCAGAUGCAGAGCCAAAUGGCUGGGAAGAUGCAUAACCAGAUACCACACCAGUUACAGAGUCAGAUGUCACCUCAAAUGCCAGGUCAAAUACCCAAUCAGAUGCAAGGUCAAAUGCCAAAUGUUGGUCAAGGUCAGAUGUCAGGGCAGAUACCAGGGAUGAGUCUAUCUGGUGUAUCUAAUUCUGGUAUGAUGCAACAGUUACAGAAGGAAGCAUUUCAACAGAAUCGCACUCUACGUAAUAUAACCAAUAACGCUCCUGGUGCUGAGAUGAUUAGAUCACCCAAUAAACAGGCUGCUUCUAAGAUCAGUCAGAUGUUAGAGAUGAAUCGUCCCCCUCCCCCAAUGUAUCCUGGUCGAGGAAUACCUCCUGGUGGAUUACAGAGACCUCCAGCACCAACUCUACCUGUUUAUUAUGGACAUGAUCCUUCAGAGAAUAUCGCUCCUGAUAUGUGUCUUAUAGGAUGUGUCUUCUAUAUACAUGAUUACCAAAGUUUAUUAGGAGAAAAUGAGAUUAAAACAUGGAAAGAGGUAAUCAGUCAACAUGGUGGAGAAGUAGAAGAUACAUAUACCUCUAGAGUUACUCAUGUUUUAUGUUCAAAUCAAAAAUCAGAGAUCUUCCAUAAG